AUGAAAAUAUCUUGGACCGCCCCCCUGCUGCUCUACGUGGAGAAAGAUCACGCAUUAAGCGACGAUUUUGACGAGGCUAGAGUCAAAAGCAUUUUCGAAAGCAACAUAAUCCCAAUCAAUACUAGUCUCACCGAGCAACUGGACCACACACCUGAAUUCGCAACCCUAUUUACGCCGUCCAUUUUCGACUGGAAAACGAUUUUGGCAGCUGGCGAGGCAGUUUUCAAAGACGCACAGUACAUGACAAGAGCAGCACCAUCUCGGCAAGCAGCAUGCUACGGAUUUGGAUUCUUGCAAUGCAGAAACCUCGGGCGCUCCCUGUCUGAAUGUAACGACCAUGAUCCAGAGAGUUUAGUGCUUCUCUUCGAAUACGAAAAAGAGUAUCUUUACGUCUGGCUAGUGUGGGUGUCAUUUGAACUCGAGGUUCAUUCUGCGGAACAUGAGAAGAUUUGUAAAGAUUGUGGAGAAGAAUUUCGUGAAGCAAUCGGCGAAGCAGCAUACCAGGAACGCAUCAACAAAUUUGUGCAAGACUUCCUUGUUCAACAUGUACUGCCGGAACAUAAGCGCGAACACAUACGAGCCAUCAUUAUUGCAGGCGAGGCAUCAGCGGCAGCUGUGAAAGAGCUUGGUGAUGCGGCCCUUGAAGUAGUAGGAACUGAAGAAGUUAAGCUACUGACAGACUUCGAACCGUCAGAAGUUGUCGCUCACGGAGCUGCUGUCUUCUCUCGUUUGACACAAGAGCACCCGGAACAUUUUGGUACAACGACUGGGAAUAUAAUACCAGAUGACAAAGAAUGGGCCGAAAUGCAGGCGCGCAUAGAACGGGAGAAUGAAGGGCACAGUGAGCUAUGA